UCAUGCUGUUACUGGUCGGGUAUGAAUACUUGAUAGCUAAUGUCGGGGUUGCUACUUAUAUAUCCCUGGACCUGAAUCCCAAUGGCGAAGAAGAGUCGAUGAUCUCCGGAUGUUUCUAGUCGCUUUGAAGCUCUAUUCUGCUGAUCACAAUAAGCCAAAUUUGCAUUUACUCGUGUGUCGGCAGUUGAAGGCAAUAUUAAUAGGCAACCCGGCAUUUAUUGCAUCUGCUGAAGCCCCCCGUAAAGUUGACGACACUUUGGCGGGGAACAUGCCCCGCGCGCUUGGUCAGCAAGUCGAAAACAAUCGAAGUGAUCAAGCUGUCCUGGCACGAAUUUGCUGGCAAUAUGAUAUCCCUCUAACUGCUCCCCUUAUAAGGCUUCCGUAGUUCCCAUUGAAUCCUGCAGACUUCAUACUCACGCUCUAUUCUGCUUAGACAGGGCUCGUCAUGACGAAGAAGAUUGGUGUCUUUCCCGCUUCUGGCGGCCUCGGCGGUAGCAUCGUCAAACAUAUUCUCGAGCUGGUUCCUGCAUCCAACCUUGUCUUCAUUGCUCGACACCCCGACAAGCUAGCAGAAGUCAGCGCUGCUGGAGCGACGGUCCGCAAAGCCGACUAUGACGACCCUUCUUCUCUCCACCGUGCGUUCGACGGUAUUGGAGUGCUGAUGUUGAUUUCGUACGCGUCAUUCGAGUAUGAGUACCGCGAAAAGGUACACAAGAUCGCCAUAGAUUCUGCCCGCCGUAGUGGUGUCGAACACAUUUUCUAUUCGUCUUUGGGCUUCGGCAAGGGCCUUUCCAAGGAGACCGUCGCAUACGUCAUGAAGGCGCAUAUAGCAACAGAGGCCUAUCUCGACGAGGUUGCUAAGGAGAACAAGAAUAGAUUCACAUACACUGCCAUUCGCGAAGGUAUCUAUUCAGAGUCGUUCCCUAUCUACACCGCCUGGUUCGACCCUAAAAAUCCGGCUGAUGAAAUCACCAUCCCACACGACGGUUCCGGUCCUGGAGUAGCCUGGGUAAAGAGGGAUGAACUCGGCGAAGCGACAGCUAAGCUGAUCGCGCAGUAUGCGAAGAACCCGGAAGCGUUCCCAUACUUGAACAAGACUAUCCUCCUCUCUGGAGCACGUGUUCUCACGCUUGCUGAGACGGUGGAGAUUCUUGGUCGCAUUGUUGGAAAGCCUCUUCGCAUUCGACAGAUUUCUGUUGACGAGUACACCGCCCUGCCUCAGAUUGGCGACCGUCACACCUACAAAGGCGUAAAUCUCUCCAGGGAAUGGACGACAGCGUGGGAAGGUAUCCGUCGGGGUGAGACAGCAGUUGUUGAUCCGUUGCUGCAACAAAUCUUGGGAAGGGAGCCUGAGGACUUUGAAACCACUGUGAGAAAGUUAAUAGCUUCUAAUUAAUGAAACCUCUGCCACUGUGCUCUGUAUUUAGCGCGGCAGUUCCCUCCUGUAUAUAGAAAGUAUAACGUCACCAACAAUCACCGUCCACUUUGCGCCAGUCGUGUUCUACUAUAUAUCCUUCCUUCCAACUGCCAGUAUGCAGAUUAUUCAGAGCAACGACCUAGACUUUGUGCUCAUUCAAGCUUCGUUAAUGGCAUAAUAUGACAGCGCUGUAAGCAAUCCACCGGGCUUUGGCUCUUCGGUGACUGCCUUAUCUCCGAG